CGGCGCGAUGGCAGGAAACUUAACAGAGGGAUGGGCUCAGGCCGAGCUCAUUCCGCUCCGAGCUCCGUGGGGCACCGGCCACGCCGUGAGGCUACUUGGGAAGGCAGUGCUUUGUUGAACACAGCAGCACAAGAUGACUUAUGAUUCCUGCUCUUCAUGGGAGCCUGUCUGCACUGUCUUUGCAGAACGCUACUGCUUCCUCCCCUCUUCAGUGUUUCUGCCUUGUGGAGUCAUAAACCUCAGUGGAACUUUGGAUGGAAACACUGACAUGAAUUUAAGAACUUUGAUGCUUUCAGAUGGUGAAUUUUGAUUUGUCAAAUAACCAGGAAUAACAUACUGCCUGCACAAGAUGAAAUGCCUUGAAGACCUUUGGUUCAGCAUUCCUUUCUCCUGAAGCAAUGGUUUUCUCCCCAGUGUUGACGCUGGCCCACUCUGGGACCUCCAAUGCUACUUUUAUUGUUUAUGAAAAUGCCUAUACGAAUUCUACCCCUCCCCAGUCCCUGCUUCGCAGUGGCACAACAGCUCCACUGAGAUAUGUCCUCACCACUGCGGGAGGUGCUCUUCUGGUGAACACGACAGCUGUCCUGCCGUCACAAGAAGUUUUCAGGAGCUUGACUUUGCCCCUCCAGAUCAUGCUUUCUGCUGCUAUGAUAUUUAUCCUGUUGAUUUCUUUCCUCGGCAACUUUGUUGUCUGUCUCAUGGUCUACCAGAAGGCAGCGAUGAGAUCUGCAAUUAACAUCCUCUUGGCAAGCCUGGCUUUUGCAGACAUGCUGCUGGCAAUGCUGAACAUGCCUUUUGCUCUGGUAACAAUCAUUACCACUCAGUGGAUUUUUGGGGAUAUAUUCUGCAGAGUCUCUGCCAUGUUCUUCUGGCUCUUUGUCAUAGAAGGGGUUGCCAUUCUGCUUAUUAUUAGUAUCGACCGAUUCCUUAUCAUAGUUCAGAGGCAAGUUAAGCUGAACCCUUGCCGUGCAAAGAUCCUCAUUGUGAUUUCCUGGGCAGCAUCCUUCAUCAUUGCUUUUCCCUUGGCAAUAGGGAAUCCAAACCUGCAGAUACCCUCGAGAGCACCUCAGUGUGUUUUUGGCUACUCCUCAAGCCCGGGGUACCAAGCCUACGUGAUAGUUAUCUUGCUGAUUUCUUUCUUCAUCCCAUUCCUGGUGAUGCUGUAUUCUUUCAUGGGCAUACUCAACACUGUCCGCCACAACGCGGUGCGUAUCCAUAGCCACCCUGACAGCAUAUGCCUCAGCCAGGCCAGCAAACUUGGUCUCAUGAGCUUACAGAGACCUUUUCAGAUGAAUAUUGAUAUGAGCUUUAAAACUCGUGCCUUCACAACCAUCCUGAUUUUGUUCCUGGUCUUCAUAGUCUGUUGGGCACCCUUCACCACUUACAGCCUUAUUGCCACAUUCAACAGCCACUUCUACUACAAGCACAACUUUUUUGAGAUAAGCACUUGGCUCCUUUGGCUCUGCUACCUCAAGUCUGCACUGAACCCGCUGAUUUACUACUGGAGGAUUAAGAAGUUUCACGAUGCAUGCCUGGACUUGAUGCCCAAAUACUGCAAGUUCCUGCCGCAGCUCCCCGGCCACACAAGGCGGCGCAUCCGGCCCAGCACCAUCUACGUGUGUGGGGAGCACCGGUCGGUGGUGUGAGGCUGCCCUUGCUGGACAGGGAUUGUUACUUUCUGGGGUCGUUUGGGUUUAGUCUUUAGGUUAAACUUGGGUUUGUUUAAUACAGCUCCUUCCCUGCGGCCAUACCUUAGAACUUGAUUAUGUUUUCCAGUACUCUGUGCAAUGUUGGGAGGGAAGGUGGAGGGAAAGCAGUUGAUUAUAGCUGGGUUUACUGCCAGAAGGUGAGUAAGCAAAACAACAAAUGUUACCUCUAGGAUUCCAUGGAAAUCCAUUCUUUUAAAGGAAAACUACAUUUAUAACGUUCUGUCAGGUUUAUGCUUACUAGGCCUGCACUUGCAUCUAAUCAUAGGGACUCUUUAUGCUGCUAAGAUACAGGAUAUUGAGUUGGUGUCAUUUUUCUGGAAAUGCUGCUGCUGUCUGCCAAUACAUUGGAGCCAAAAAGUCUCCUUGGAUCACUUCUAUUUAAUUUUAACACUAUUUCAGAAGUUCUCAUGGUGACAUUAGGAAACUUUUUUAUUAAUUUCCAGUAAUGUUUUUGUGCACUUUACAAAAUUUGCCAUGAAAUUUGUUCGUUGCAAUAUUUUGUUUUGUAUCAAAGGGGUAUUACUAUCAUCAUCACUAUUUGUUGUGUUGGUGGAUUUCAGUGAAAGCCCAAUGUAAGCUCUAAGAGGGUAGUAGCAGAGGUUGGUAUAGUUGCACAUGUGGCCAGAGACCUGCUGGGUUUCUAGAACUGAUCAAAGGGAGCAGCGACUGCUCAGUUACCAGGGGAGUGGGAAGAUGAAGAUGGAGGAGUGAGAGGGAAAGCAAGCAAGGAAAACAUGCCUCAAGGUUUAGGCUGACAAGAUUUAGAAAAACAGAGUUCAGGUGAAAAUUGUCACAUGGGAAAGGGUGGCUGUGCUGACACUUUGGGCUAUUGCAAGCUCUCCAAACUGAGGAUACACCUGAAAACCUACCUGAGUUUGUGGGCCUGCACUAUGUUGCUGUAGCACUGUUUGUGCUGGGAACUGGAGUGAGGCUGAGUUCUCCAUGCUGCCCAGGUCAGGCUGUCAGGCCUUUGCUGGGGAGGAGUGAGAAGGAGCAGGAUAAAGCAGUAAACAAAUGGCAUGAGUCCUAGUUGAGGCUGGGACUUGGCCUGCAUAGGAAUGACUGGGAAGAAAAUCUCCACCUUGCUUGUUUUCCAGUGUAAGUACUGGAGUGAAACCACAAGCUGAUAAUAACAAGUAUGAGGUGACCAGCAGAGCUUGCCUGAGAUGUGAGCUGAAUUCCCCUUUUCCCUCCAAUUCUACUUCACAUUGAUUUUUCAUUGCCCCUUUUCCUCUAUAGUGCCUGCAGCCUCCAGGGCUUAACUCUUCUGUUCUCUGUUAGGUAUCAGCUGCUCUCCUUGAAAUGCCAAACAACCUUUCUGAUUGCCAGGUUGCCUCAAUACCUGCCUGGAAAGCAGAAAGACAUGUACUGAGUGUAGCAAUCCACACUCAAGGUAUUUUAUUUCUUUUCAUCAGCUAAAUAUUGAAUUGUGAGGUAAGUAAAAUUAAGACUUGGGUUUGGGCUUUGCAAUGAGAUCUCCAGUUGCUGUGAUGCUAGGGAGGAGUGCCUGCAGAAUUUGUGUGUCCUUGCUUCUUGGGGCUGUCUGUGACCAAGCUAAGGAGAAUCAGUGUACAGCAACCUUAGCAUCCAGGGCUAAGGUCUGAGCUUCUCUAGCUCUCAUCUCUUUCGUUACCCCAAAGCAUAGGAACCUGUUCAUUGUUCUUUUACCCGAGGAACAAAUAAUAGCAAUGUUACUUGUUUUGUGCUGUCCACACUGUACAGAGCUUUUCUCUCAUGAGGGAAGUGCCCUGUUCUGUGUGGAUGUCUAGGAAACGGUUGCUUCCUGAGGCCAGCCAAACAGUCACACUCCAGACUUUAUUUAGGUCUUCAUUGAAGAACUGAUUUAACAGUUAUCUCUGUUCUUCUCAUUGACAGCUAUCAGUAAAACUGUUGGCAAUCGUUACGUUUUAGGAGUAAUAAAGAAACCACUUUGAAUAUAGUAGCUUCUCUCUUUUUUUUUUUAAGAUGCUAACUGGCUUUGUGGGGUACUUGUAAAGGCACCCAGACAGCAGUGAUGUUACUUAUGUCCUUAUCAGCUCCAGUGAUGGUGAUCUGGAUUAUUCUAUCAGAAUGAGUGGCAGUAGAGGCGUUCUGUUGCAGAGCAGUGUUUUACUGAGUCUUUUCAGUACGUUGUGUUUCUUAAUUGCAUUUACAUUGAUAGCGGAAGUUUAGGACCUGGUUAGCACGGAUUUUCUGCUCCAGAGCUGUCAUGCCUGUUUGUCUCUGAAAGCAGCAAAAUUGUGCUUACAGCUAAUGUAACAGAGUGAGAGCAUGCACUGUCUGAGCUGACAGGAGCAGGCGUUUUUGCUGUCUUCCAGAGCUAUCAUGUAAGAAGUUUAAAUGAAUGCUGUAAAACAGUAAUUCAGGAAGGAAAGAAAAUGAGUAGUAGAGGAAAGUGAGUGGAGUUACCUUCUGGGGAGGCAAGUAUUUUGUGGGGAUUUCAUAAUCUCCAGUAAGUAGUGGAUGAAGUAGAUAUUGCAGGCAUCAAGGAAAGUUAGUUUGUCUUGAUAAUCGACUGUUUACCCCGACUGUAGCAGGGUUCCCACUGCACCUGCUGAUACUUGGAGAAAGAAACCCAAAGUGUGUGGUCCAGAUUCAGAAGUGACUCACCUAGUGCUGCAGCAUUCACAUUGCCCAGAGACUGUAGAGGUGAUCAGAGCAUACAGUGAACAAAAAGGUGUUCAGAGGAGAAGCAAGAUGGCACAGAAAUGUCCUGAGAGUGUGCUGUGUUUGCAGGCCCAUUGGGGCCCAUUGUGUCUGACAUGCUGUCUUUGCAGCAGUGCCUUGACGAUGGCAGCCAAAGGCCCAGGACCACAUUGAAGGCCACUGAGCUGCUCAGUCUUUGGGUGAUUCUGCAAAGAUCAGCAUAACCAUGCUGGCAUUUGGAGUGGUAAAACACAUGUUGGCAGGACUGGGGCUACCAAGGCAUUUUAGUGGGCUUGGCCAGGACCAAGGAUUCUAAAUGUUGACAUUGAUACUCCUCUGUUCUAGUGGGAAGUUCUAAUUUCCUCCUUGCCCAGAAAUGCUACUUGUUACUCAGCUCUCUUCCCUCGUGUCACAUUUUCAGAAACCUUUGGUAUGGAGGGUCUGAAAUGAAUGUAUUUUGAAUUAUGUUGCAAUUUAAUUAAUUCUGUCCAAGCAUGCUGCUUACACAGGUCUCACUUGUACAAAUCUAAUGCUAAAAUAAUUCUUUUGUACUCAAAAAUUGUGUAUUUUUGACAUUUCUUGUUCCUCGUGUAAAAAUAUUUAUGCAUAUAGAAAAGAAACUUGUUUUGCUUCUUACUGCAUUCUGUUACUGUGGUUUACACUUUCCUAUUUUCUUGGGCAUUUGCAUAAACAACUCUAAGAUUUCAGUGGUAUUUCUGCAGCUGUUGACGAUUUUUAAUCCUCCAUUCUUUCAACAGUGUCCUCCUUGAAAGUGAUUUUGAUUUAUUUUUGUGUGAAAAAUAAAAGGUCAGAGCACAACUUUGUUAUGGUUGGAAGAGUAGGGGAGUCUCUUGGGUCCAGUUUUCCAGGAGCCACUGCUUGCUGUGGUGAGCUGCUUUGAUGCUCUUUUUGAGGAGCGGUCACUUUACGAUGUCAAGAAACCUUGAAUUUCUGUUUUAAAACAAGCUGUUAGGUAGGAUGGCAUUGUCUCCUCUGUACAUAUUACACCUGUGAAAAUGCCUGAGAAACAAUAACAAAUAAACAUGAACAUCCCCCAGAAA